GGCAAGUGACAACCUGCAUGCACGGCCGCAGCCACUGGUCGAGCCGCCGCAAAUCUCCGCACACGUGCAGAUAGUAGUGUACAGGCUAUGUGCCUAGCUAGCUAGUAGUGUGAUUGGGUGUAGCUGCUGAUCGGAGUAGAGAGAGAGAGAGAGAGCUGCAGCCCUAACGCUGCCCAGCGUCAAUGUCUGACCGCGGCGGGCCGGCCUCGCCGCGGUCGGGGAAGCACCCCUUCUACCGCGGCAUCCGGAGCCGCAGCGGCAAGUGGGUGUCGGAGAUCCGGGAGCCGAGGAAGACGCGCCGCAUCUGGCUCGGCACGUUCCCGACGGCCGAGAUGGCCGCCGUGGCGUACGACGUGGCCGCGCGCGCGCUGCGCGGGCCCGACGCGGCGCUCAACCUCCCGCACCUGGCCGCGUCCCGCCCCGCGCCGGCGUCCACCUCCGCGGACGACAUCCGCGCCGCGGCCGCGGAGGCCGCCGCGUCGCUGCAGCAGCCCGAUCACCAGCCGCCGGCCCAUGGCAGCGCUGCUGGGCGCGGCAUUGCUGCCGCCGCGGCUGGUGCAACGCAGCAGCAGCACCAGCACCAGCAGCAGGCCGGCGGGAGCAGCGGCGCGGCACAGCAUGAAGGCGGCGGCGGCGGCGCGGGGAACCCCUACUUCCUGGACGAGGAGGCGCUGUUCGAGACGCCGCAGUACCUGCGCAACAUGGCCGCGGGGAUGAUGAUGAGCCCCCCGAGGUUCGGCCGCAACUCGUCGGACGACUCGCCGGACCACCCGUCGUCGUCGGAUGCCGGCGACAGCCUCUGGAACUACCGGGACCCGUAGAUCGAACCGGGCUGCCGGUAAUGGAUCGGAGGUAGUAACACCAAUAAUGGAUGUGGCGAUGAAACUAAUGAGCUCUACUCUACUACUACUAUUGGUGCCUGCAGGACGCAGGCUGCUGCUGCUAUUGCUACUUCUACUGAACCUGGAAGCUGGGAGUGAUAUGGGGAGAUAAAAAGGAGCGAGGUACACAUACACAGGUGCCCGUCCGUUGGAGGUGCCAUUUUUCCUGUCCAAUCCAGCCGCCAUAUGUGCAGUGGGGGAUAGCUUCUCGGUCCUCCGCCGGAAGAUCAAGUGUAUCUCUCCUCCCUCCCUCUCCUUUCGCUUGAUGUGUGUGUGUGUUUUCUGCUGUGAAGUCGUCACAAAGCUAGCUAGUAAUAAGCAGGCCUCCCCUUUUUAUACUUUAGAUUUCGCUUGGCUCUAUAUACCUAGCUACCUCACUGCAGUUUGGCCGUUGCAGUACAUAUGAAUCUGCAAGGGCAUAUAAGUGGAUGUUGCUGUGUGUCUGUAAGCUGGUAUUGUGCAAAUUAAUCUGUAUUUUGGCGGUGGAUCAGCUAUAUAUAAGAAGGAUGUGGGCGCAGGGCAUCGUUCCACCUUAA